AUGCUACAACAAGCUAGCACCUCGAACCCUUCUCUUGUGCCUCUUAGAGGCCAGAGACCGGUUGUGCAUCUGGAGCAUCCACCUUCUGUCCCUCGUUCAGCUAGUCGCGGCUCUUUCGAAAAUGGCCUUGCAACUUCUCUUCCACCAAGGCGGCCGCCUGCCUCCUUUACUCGCAGCGCUUCUUCGCACAACAACAACAUCGUCACGCCUGCGAAACGACCAAUUUCAGGUCACUCGUCCCGCCAGUCGUCGUCCGACUCGAUCGAGUCAGUGACUACUGCCUCCUCCUUCACUCGCGCCUCAACUUCCAACUACGACUCUGGCAGCAGCGACGAGGAGGGGCUGAUCCAGGUGGCCUACACCUCCUCAGCCCUAACCCGUCACAUGCCGCUGGACGAGGUCAAGUCAAUCUUACGUACUUCGCGCAUCAACAAUACCAGGCAAAACAUUACUGGGCUACUUCUGUACCGUGAUGGCUCAUUCGCACAGUUUCUCGAAGGACCGACGGACGCUGUUGAUUCGCUUUACGACACGAUUGAGCGCGACGAUCGUCACCACGGUGUUGUUCGCGUGCUUCGACAGUCGAUCACUAAGCGUGAUUUUCGUCAGUGGAGCAUGGCGUUUCGCGAUCUCGACAUGAUCAAGAAGUGCUCCUCUGCCACGUCCGGUUCCCACCACCUCGGUAAUGAGAUGACACCCGAGGACGCCGUCAAUGAAGGCUUCAGUCAGCUCAUGAACGUUGGUCUUCGUGUCGGUGGCCCUUCUGACAACGAGUAUCGCCCGGACGCUCUCGGUAACGCCAAACUUGAUCUACCAGCUGACAUGUCUGCCAGUAUGCGUAGACUCGUUACCACUUUCUACCGUUUCAUGGACCGGCCCCUCUAA